ACAAAAUAUUGCAGAACAUCAGCCAUAAGUAUGGGACUUGUAAUGCAGGUGUUGUUUGUGGUGGUGGCCAUGGUUGUAUGCCUUCCCUUAGCCGCAUACGCGGAACACGGAACUGCAACAUUUUAUACACCUCCUUACGUUCCCUCUGCAUGCAAUGGGUAUAAAAACGACGGUGUGAUGAUAGCUGCAGCAAGCAGUGCCAUUUGGGACAAUAAAGGUGCUUGUGGAAGAAGGUAUAGAGUAAAAUGCACUGGAGCCACAAACCAAGGUGUGCCAAAACCUUGCAAAGGUAACAGCGUUGUGGUUAAAAUCGUGGAUUUCUGUCCCCCUGGAUGCCAUGGAACCAUCGAUCUCUCUCAAGAAGCCUUUGCUGCCAUCGCUAACCCUGAUGCUGGCAAAAUCAAUAUUGAGUUCACUGAGGUUUGAAGCUAGUUCUCUAAGCCAUCAUUAUAAUGUCUAUCAAAGGCCACUUGUAAUCAAAAUAAGCAGCACGCAGUGUAUUGAAACUCUAUGCUUCACAUUUCAGAAGCUAGCUGAUGUUACCAUAUGUGUUCACUUGUGAUUAAAUAAAGAUGGAUGUUACUCUUUA